CGUGAGGAUGUCUACUCAUAUGAAUAUGAAGACAGCCCAGGUCCCAAUUGCAAAGAUCUUGCCUUUGAUCUCAGAUGCAGAUCCAAAAGCCCCUGGAAUGAUAAGGUCAUUGGCUUGCUCCUUGAAGAAUUGCAGAGAAGGGGUGACAUAGAGAGCUGGCCAUUUCAAAGGUCAGAGGCAUAUUUCAUGGAAAUUCUUCAAGCUCGCUACAAGCGCCUGCAUACGAUCUGGACGGCUGCACAACCCAAGGUUACAGCAAUGGGUGGAGUGGAGACUCCUGCAGAGGUGGAGCAGAGGCUGAUUACGAAGAAGGACGAGACAUUGAAAGCAACUCGUCAAACAACGCGUUGGAAAAAUAUGGACGAGAACGAGGAAGACGUUGCAGCCUGGCAGUGGCUUCAGCGAGUAGUUGGGACAUUGGGAGAAGGCGGCAUGAGUUCGGAGGAGAGCGACGUGGAAAAUAAAAUCAAAACAGUUCUUCAUGUCAAGAACAUGACUUGGCGCCAUGUGAUUGAACAGGAAUUGGAUAUUAUCGAUCACCAAAGGAUCGUAGACAAUGAUAUUUUU